UGCAACCAAAGUUUAGUUAGCUACUGUAAUACGACAGCUCGAGUCGUAGACAGACAGGCUCCAGCCCGUGGUCGAGACAAAAGCAUCUCGCAGACGUACGCUAGCUAAACGCGCAGUGAACCCUCGUUCAGGCCCUUACCCUUAGUGUUGUGAACCAUGGCCGUCGCAGCUGCACAGAAGAACCGCGAAAUGUUCGCAAUCAAGAAGUCCUACAGCAUUGAGAACGGCUACCCAUCACGCCGUCGCUCGCUUGUGGACGAUGCACGGUUCGAAACACUUGUUGUAAAACAGACUAAGCAAAGCGUUUUGGAAGAGGCUCGCGCCCGCUCUAAUGACUCUGGCUUGGAAUCCGAAUUUAUCCAAGACGUUGCUCAUUUAGGCAACGGCGACAAAACACCAACCGUCGAAGAUGGAACGCAUCAGGACGAAACCAAGAACUGCCAACUUGCAGAUGCAGAUGAUGGUGACGACGGAGGAAAGAAAGACGAAGAUUAUACUUUGACUGAAGAAGAAGUUAUCCUCCAAAAUGCUGCAAGUGAAACUCCUGAUGCAGAGCAUGCUGUACAAAAAGCUGCUUUUUUACUCCGCAUGCGAGAUGGAAUGGGCUCUCUUGCUCGCAUCCUAAAAACCAUCGACAACUACAAAGGCUGUGUAGAACAUUUGGAGACCCGACCCUCCCAAGAAGCCGGCAUCCAGUUUGACGCUCUCGUGAAAGUUCGCAUGUCUCGUAUGAACUUACUCCAACUGAUAAGGGCUCUCCGCCAGUCUGCAUCCUUUGCUGGAGUUAACCUUCUAUCUGAAAACAACCUCACCAACAAAACUCCAUGGUUCCCUCGCCACGCCGUCGACCUCGACAACUGCAACCACCUCAUGACCAAAUACGAGCCAGAACUCGACAUGAACCACCCAGGCUUCGCUGACAAGCAGUACAGAGAGCGCAGAAAGCAGAUCGCUGUGAUAGCCUUUGCUUACAAAUACGGUGAUCCAAUUCCAUCAAUCUCUUACACUGAGUCUGAGAACUCUACAUGGCAGCGAGUUUUCAACACUGUAUUAGAUCUGAUGCCAAAACACGCGUGCAGGGAAUACAAGGCAGCGUUCAACAAGUUGCAAGAGGCUGAUAUCUUUGUUCCACACCGCAUUCCUCAACUAGAGGAUGUUAGUAACUUCCUUCGUAAGCACACUGGAUUUACCCUACGUCCUGCCGCUGGUUUACUGACUGCUAGGGACUUCUUGGCUUCGCUCGCUUUCCGUGUCUUCCAAUCUACCCAAUAUGUGCGUCACGCUAACUCACCCUUCCACACACCUGAACCCGAUUGCAUUCAUGAACUUCUUGGACACAUCCCACUCUUGGCCGACCCCAGUUUCGCUCAAUUCUCACAGGAAAUAGGACUUGCCUCUCUCGGUGCUUCCGACUCUGAAAUCGAAAAGCUUUCCACGGUAUACUGGUUCACGGUUGAAUUUGGACUUUGCAAAGAGAACCAACAACUUAAGGCGUAUGGUGCUGCUCUUCUUUCUUCUAUCGGCGAGCUUUUGCAUGCUUUAAGUGAUAAACCAGAGCUACGAGCAUUCGAGCCUGCAUCCACAUCAAUGCAACCCUACCAAGACCAAGAAUAUCAACCAAUCUACUACGUGGCCGAGAGCUUCGAGGAUGCCAAAGAUAAAUUCAGACGUUGGGUGUCAACCAUGUCGCGACCAUUCGAGGUCCGCUUCAACCCACACACAGAGCGCGUCGAGGUCCUCGACUCAGUGGACAAACUCGAGACCCUCAUCUGGCAACUGAACACGGAGAUGUUACACCUGACCAACGCUGUCAAGAAGCUCAAAAGCACGCAUUUCGAAUAAAGCGACCAACGACCGGACCAGUGAACGUGGCGACGCCGCGAUGUAUAGCUAGUGAUACUGUAGACGUAAGACUGUUGACGUGUGGAGAGUGCCUGCGAGAAUGAUAACCAUUGGAUGGUACUUCGUUGACUUCCUUUUGUACCUUACUAUUUAUUAUGCCGAGCUCAUUGCCCGGGCCUCGGUGACGCCGCUUUCCUCCUGAUUGCCCAUUUACGGAGACUGCGACGCCUAUGCGAGACCUUUACUAUUUUUUUAGUAUUAAUUUAACUUAAUGAAAACACAAACGAAUAAAAAUGGAGCACCAAAAAAGUGUAAAAAUCAAACAAAAAAUAUAUUAUA